AUACGGUUCCCGAGCCUGAGCCUGCUCCCUGCCUUGGCCCCUGGAACCCCAGGCUCGGUCCCAGGGCCAUCAACGCCUCGUAGCAGCCCAGACUCGACGGGCACCGCGUUCGUUUUGGGAGGAGAGACUCCCGGUCGCGGGAUGGAAGUUCACGUUCAGGAAGCUGUGUAACCGGAGCCGCGGGAGCCAGAGAGCAGAGAGCGCGGCAAGUCACUCAGCUCAGCCGGUGGAUGUUGACCGCCCCCUCGGAGAGUCCCAGCAGAUAUGGCGGAGAGCUGGCUAYGCCUCUCGGGAGCAGGGCCGGUGGAGGAGGCCGGGCCGGAGGGCUGCCUGGAGGAGCCGGACGCCCUGGAUGACAGCCUGACCAGCCUGCAGUGGCUGCAGGAAUUCUCCAUUCUCAACGCCAAGGCUCCCUCUUUCCCCGCUGGGGGUACGGACCCCCAUGGCUACCACCAGGUGUCAGGCUCAACGGCGCCGGGGUCCCCGAUGGCGGCUGACCCCGCCUGCCUGGGGCAGCCGCACACGCCAGGCAAGCCCACGUCGUCGUGCACGUCGCGGAGCGCGCCCCCGGGGCUGCAGGCCCCGCCCCCCGACGACGUGGAUUACGCCACCAACCCGCACGUGAAGCCUCCCUACUCCUAUGCCACGCUCAUCUGUAUGGCCAUGCAGGCCAGCAAGGCCACCAAGAUCACCCUGUCGGCCAUCUACAAGUGGAUCACGGACAACUUCUGCUAUUUCCGCCACGCUGAUCCCACCUGGCAGAAUUCCAUCCGCCACAACCUGUCGCUGAACAAGUGCUUCAUCAAAGUGCCUCGGGAGAAGGAUGAGCCAGGCAAGGGGGGCUUCUGGCGCAUCGACCCCCAGUACGCUGAGCGCUUGCUGAGCGGGGCCUUCAAGAAGCGGCGGCUGCCCUCAGUCCACAUCCACCCGGCUUUUGCCCGCCAAGCUGCGCAGGAGCCCAGCACCACCCCCUGGGCUGGCCCGCUGACCGUGAACACCGAGGCCCAGCAGCUGCUGCGGGAGUUUGAGGAGGCCACGGGGGAGGUGGGCUGGGGAGCAGGCGAGGGCAGGCUUGGGCAUAAACGCAAGCAGCCGCUGCCCAAGCGGGUGGCCAAGGUCCUGCGGCCCCCAAGCACCCUGCUGCUGACCCAGGAGGAGCAGGGAGAGCUGGAACCUCUCAAAGGCAACUUUGACUGGGAGGCCAUCUUCGAAGCUGGCGCUCUGGGCGGGGAGCUGAGCACCCUGGAGGCCCUGGAGCUAAGCCCACCACUGAGCCCCACCUUGCAUGGGGACGUAGACCUCACCGUCCAUGGCCACCACAUUGACUGCCCUACUACCUGGGGUCCUCCAGCGGAGCAGGCUACCGACAGCCUGGACUUCGACGAGACCUUCCUGGCCACAUCCUUUCUGCAGCACCCCUGGGACGAGAGCGGCAGUGGCUGCCUGCCCCCAGAGCCCCUCUUCGAGGCAGGGGAUGCCACCCUGUCCGCUGACCUGCAGGAUUGGGCCAGCGUGGGUGCCUUCUUGUAAGAGGCGAAGCCCCACCCCACCUCCGGACAGUGCCCAGGUCAGGGCCCAGAACUGCCCCCAAACACGGCCUGUGAACACCCGACGCCCAGGCAGGGGCUGGGCCACGUUUCCCUAGGCUGGCUGCACGAGGCCAUCUGCCACCAGCCCRGGAUGUCCUCAGAUUCAAGCCCAGGAGGCUGAGAACUGGGGGCCCAGGACCAGAAUUGCCGCCUCCACUCAUCAGCCCCCCUCUACACAGUGUUUCAUUGAUCCUCGACUCCCCACCCCAGGAACUGGGCCUGGAGGGGCCUGGCCAGGCUGGGGAGGAGCAGAAUAGGGCCCUCCCCAGAGCUCUUCCACUUUACCCCUCUCCYGACUCCCUCCUGCUUCCCCAGGUCUCUAUCUAGAGAAAGUUCCCAGGUACAACAAAUGCUAAUUAGGUGACAGCAAAUUAACCCCCUGGGGACCUCUCUCCACAGAGCCUCCCUGGGGCCAGGGCAGUGGGGGCU